GACAUAAAUGAAUGCGCACUGAAAAUAGACAAGUGUGACAAACAGACGAGUUACUGCGAAAACAUCAUCGGCUCCUACAGAUGUGUUUGUAAGGUAGGAUUCCAACAUAUAUCCAGCAACAAACUCAUCUAUGAAAUUAAUUUUGAAAUUUCUGCCUCGCCAGACAUCGACGAAUGCGCAGGCAUCAACAAAUGUUACACGCCUUCAACAAAAUGCGUCAACACGUUUGGAAGUUACCAUUGCAGAUGUAGUGUUGGCUACUAUAACAAGUCCAAAUCGCCAGAUAUGUGCGAAGACAUCAACGAAUGUUUGGUGGGUCAUGGCUGUGAUCCAAUAUCGACUCACUGCGUCAAUUCUUUCGGGGGCUACCAAUGCCUCUGCAGGACUGGCUUCAAACCAUUCUCCGAACUUGACUGCCAGGGUUUGUUUCAACAAAUUUAA